AUGUCUGCUCCUACGAAGGAACUUGGAAACUUAUCACUCGGAAGUGACAUGUCUGCUCCCCAUGCAGGAUCACAGAGACAAGGGCAAAAGCCGCCCUACGAUACCGAAGAAUCCUCUGAUAGCGAAUCAGAAGAAGAGUCGUCGAGUAGCGAUGAGGAGAGCGGUUCACCCUCAUCAGCUGCUGUGACUGUUCGGGGAAGGUCGUCAAUCACUUACGACCUGCGAAUGCUCUCUCAGAGUGCAAGAGCAAAAGCGCGACAUGGGCUAAGUGGAGAAUUUUCUGUCGAAAAAUGCAGGCCAAUUUACGGUGGUGGAUAUGAUUUCCAUGUUGUUGAUCAUGGCCGCGUCUAUUGGCUUGUCGAUCAACUUCAUCGAUGGGUAUUGCCAGGGAGGCCAUCUGCUGGGCUCCAGCUCUCGCCAAAAGGGGAGUGUUCUACGCUUGACCCGAUGCUGGAUCUAAUCGGGGACAAUAUGAAAGAUAUUUGCCAGAAGGUGAAAUGGCCAUACAUCCCUACCCCCGGGACGCCUACAGAUAUGUCCCAGUACAACUCGACACCCAUGAGUCGACCUGAGAAAGCACGAGAUCUCCUUUCUGCUUUCAGUGCAGACACAAUGCCAGAUGAGUUCCGUCCCGAGCUAGUGGAAACCAUUGGCCAACCUCGCACACCCGAACAGUGUGUGGUUCAAGGUGAUUUCGAAGCGACCAUGUUUCGUCUUGCUGUGCAUGAUGAAAGUGUAUACGCUAGUCUUCGCAAAGUUAUGCCCUCUGGAGCCCGCGCAGCUAUAUUCUUUGAUAAAAUACAGCGGAGGAUACGCGCCCUACUCGUCGAUUUCAACCAGUAUCGGCAAAAGGGCACACCAAGACAAUCCGACCGUAUGGCCCUGGAGGUCGAUGUCGUUGCUGAGGAAAUGCGAGCUCACUUACGACAAAUUCAGAAAAAUACGCUAUCUCGCAGCCCCCGCGGCUUCAAGGGCGCCGCAGAGGCUCUGUUAUAUCUUCUCCGCACGAUUUGUCAAUAUAAUUUUGAUUCAUUCGAAGCCAGCACAUGGGAUCGUGCAUCCGGCUCUGACGAAACUGCCGAAGAUCGAAACCUAUACUUCCAACUCAUCUACAACCCUGUUGAUGGAGACGACUUCUUCGUCCUUUCUUGCCUCGAGCUGUUACCAGAGGAGGUCCUCCAGCAAAUAACCCCCCAACUUGAUGCUAUAUUUAGUGAUAUGCAGAUGAACGGGGCGCCAGUGCCGUAUCUCCGCAAACUCCACAGCAUUAUAGCUGGUGAUGUUUCUGCGAGGGCCGCUGUAGGAGCGGGUGGUCAAAAGCGCCCCGCAACUUCUGGGUCCGUUAGUGGCCGCAAGAGGACGAAGUGA